GGUCUUGACUCUCUUUUGUUCAAUCUGCUGAUCCUUGGUGUUUUGAAGAGCGGUAGUGGUCAGGUCUGGAGACGUAGACUGUCUGAUUUGUAUGUGAUUGAACUAACCACGGGACCAACACAAGGGAACAACGAAAUCCUUCAACGGCAAUUGAAGACCUCUAAGGUAAGCUGCCGUCCAGAAAACGUAUUCGUCAUCAGUACGGUGCAACUGCUCUUGUAAAAGACUAUGAGUUUUAUCCUACUGUAUUUGUAUCCUCUUUGCACAGAUUUUAUAUCACUUCCUAGGAGGCAACCUGCCUCGGGUGCUUUUUUAUUUUGUUUUGCUUUUUUGCCUUCUCUCAAUUCAUUUCUUUAGUUUGGUGGUGCAUUAAUAAGCAAAGGAUUUAAUGAACACAGCGGUUUUUAGUUUGUACGUCAUGUUUCUGAUGCUACAAGACGAUUUUGGCGUUGUUUGGUGAAACCAGUGCAAAAUUCUGUUGGAACGCGACUCAUGAAUAGCAAGUUAACCUGGAAAUGAGAGUCGAUUACGAUCUAUCUUAGACCACUCCAGACACUGAUUCUGAAAGUGAGAAAAGGCUGAAAUAAAAGGUAAAAAGGUUAUUUUUGGAAGGCGUUGACACCAUGAAUUAUCUACUCCGUAGCGUGUGGACUCUAGAAAAGGCAAAGCAGAACCUUUUUACAGGCUGCUUCCGACUAUUGAAUGUGGAACACCAAUACAAACAUUAAAGAAGUUAAGGACACAAGAAAUGGGUAAGCGAAAACAUUCAUUAAAUACUCUUUAUACUUUUUUUUUGUUCGCGAUGUCAUCGAGCUGAUGAGUGACUUUGCAUUAGAGCACAAUCCCACGUUCGAACAUGUUUUUAGCAGACCUGUACGCACAGACUCAAACGCUAGAAAAAGUUGGUUGGACUGAGAAAUUGUGCUGGCGUUUUCCAUCGUUAAUUGACAGCAGCAUUUUUUUCUUCGUUUGACCAAUGUUCUAUAAGUGCGCGAUUUUUCAAUAUCUUUUUAGUUGGCCAUCUGGUGGUAAGCGAGAGUAUUAUUUCAUUCUUUGCGAUGAAUAUUGCCAUUUAAACAUGCCCCUUUAGUGUUAAACAUUAAAGUAACUUAAUUUUGAAAGUGUAAAUUGCAUUAAUACUAAAUGGCUUGUAAGGAUUUUGUUUCUAAUAUGUUGAUUGUUUUCACAAGAAAGGAGGCAGCUAAUGUGCAUGUCUAUUGAGAUGUUUUUUAUUCUUUGAAAUUUUAGAUGACAGUCGCAACCCUCUAUUCGACAAUGCUGAAUUUAGAAGCUCAUAUGUUCAACGGGCGUUUCAGUAUCUUAAGUUUUGGGAGUCAGCAAGAGAGAACCUGAAUCAGUUCUGGUUUAUACCUAGUCAGGUGAUGGGUGACCAUGCAGAGUGUAUAGAAACGCUUGUAAGGUACAUUGUAUUUCAGAGACUUCCGAUUCGUGGAGCAAUGAAGGUGGUUAAAUUGUCUUUUAUUGUCACCGCUUGGUACAUUACCAUUUAAAACCAAAUGAAAUGCUUUUUAUGCUAGAGAUUUAACAACAGCCUUAAAGUUUUUAUAGGUGGAAUUCAUGAGUUUUAUUAAGCUUGGUAAGCAGCUAAUGGCAGGAGUACAUUCCGUUUAUUCUUGUCUUGAAACGGUGCUUGGAUGUGCAUUAGGAUUUAAUUGUGUCAGUGGCUCAUCAAUUUAGCCGGCAGAAUUUUAGUCUUUUGUCAACCUUGCUCUUCUUCAAUUACGUGAUGCCUUUUCUCCUAUUUUUCGUUUUUGCACGGGACACAACUACUAGUAAAAGGGGAAGUCAGUCGUUCUUUACUUAUUUUCUUUUAGAAAUUGCGGUGUUGAGGACCCUUCAUGGGCUGAACUCCGUCACUUUGUGAACUUCCUAAAUUCUCAGCUCCAAGCUUGCGAGGAAAGUACGUUUUGUAACAUGGAACUUGUGNAAAUUUAAAAAAGUUCGCUAUUUAUUUUCAUAGGUAAAGAGUGGUCUUGACUCUCUUUUGUUCAAUCUGCUGAUCCUUGGUGUUUUGAAGAGCGGUAGUGGUCAGGUCUGGAGACGUAGACUAUCUGAUCUGUAUUUGAUUGAACUAACCACGGGACCAACACAAGGGGACAACGAAAUCCUUCAACGGCAAUUGAAGACCCCUAAGGUAAGUUGCCGUCCAGAAAACGUAUUCGUCAUCAGUACGGUGCAAGUGCUCUUGUAAAAGACUAUGCGUUUUUUCCUACUGUAUUUGUAGCCUCUUUGCACAGAUUUUAUAUCACUUUCUAGGAGGCAACCUGCCUCGGGUGCUUUUUAUUUUGUUUUACUUUUUUUCCUCCUCUCAAUUCGUUUCUUUAGUUUGGUGGUGCAUUAAUAAGCAAAGGAUUUAAUGUACACAGCGGUUUUCAGUUUAUACGUCAUGUUUCGGAUGCUACAAGACGAUUUUGACGUUGUUUGGUCAAACCAGUGCAAAAUUCUGUUGGAACGCGCCUCAUGAAUAGCAAGUUAACCUCGAAAUGAGAGUCGAUUACGAUCUAUAUUAGACUACUCCAGACACUGAUUCUGAAAGUGAGGAAAAGCUGAAAUAAAAGGUAAAAAGGUUAUUUUUGGAAGGCGUUGACACCAUGAAUUAUCUACUCCGUAGCGUGUGGACUCUAGAAAAGGCAAAGCAGAACCUUUUUACAGGCUGCUUCCGACUAUUGAAUGUGGAACACCAAUACAAACAUUAAAGAAGUUAAGGACACAAGAAAUGGGUAAGCGAAAACAUUCAUUAAAUACUCUUUAUACUUUUUUUUUUGUUCGCGAAGUCAUCGAGCUGAUGAGUGACUUUGCAUUAGAGCACAGUCCCACGUUCGAACAUGUUUUUAGCAGACCUGUACGCACAGACUCAAACUCUAGAAAAAGUUGGUUGGACUGAAAAAUUGUGCUGGCGUUUUCCAUCGUUAAUUGACAGCAGCAUUUUUUUCUUCGUUUGACCAAUGUUCUAUAACUGCGCGAUUUUUCAAUAUCUUUUUAGUUCGCCAUCUGGUGGUAAGCGAGAGUAUUAUUUUAUUCUUUGCGAUGAAUAUUGCCAUUUAAACAUGCCCCUUUAGUGUUAAACAUUAAAGUUACUUAAUUUUGAAAGUGUAAAUUGCAUUAAUACUAAAUAGCUUGAAAGGAUUUUGUUUCUAAUAUGUUGAUUGUUUUCACAAGAAAGGGGGCAGGUAAUGUGCAUGUCUAUUGAGAUGUUUUUUAUUCUUUGAAAUUUUAGAUGACAGUCGCAACCCUCUAUUCGACAAUGCUGAAUUUAAAAGCUCGUAUGUUCAACGGGCGUUUCAGUAUCUUAAGUUUUGGGAGUCAGCAAGAGAGAACCUGAAUCAGUUCUGGUUUAUACCUAGUCAGGUGAUGGGUGACCAUGCAGAGUGUAUAGAAACGCUUGUAAGGUACAUUGUAUUUCAGAGACUUCCGAUUCGUGGAGCAAUGAAGGUGGUUAAAUUGUCUUUUAUUGUCACCGCUUGGUACAUUACCAUUUAAAACCAAAUGAAAUGCUUUUUAUGCUAGAGAUUUAACAACAGCCUUAAAGUUUUUAUAGGUGGAAUUCAUGAGUUUUAUUAAGCUUGGUAAGCAGCUAAUGGCAGGAGUACAUUCCGUUUAUUCUUGUCUUGAAACGGUGCUUGGAUGUGCAUUAGGAUUUAAUUGUGUCAGUGGCUCAUCAAUUUAGCCGGCAGAAUUUUAGUCUUUUGUCAACCUUGCUCUUCUUCAAUUACGUGAUGCCUUUUCUCCUAUUUUUCGUUUUUGCACGGGACACAACUACUAGUAAAAGGGGAAGUCAGUCGUUCUUUACUUAUUUUCUUUUAGAAAUUGCGGUGUUGAGGACCCUUCAUGGGCUGAACUCCGUCACUUUGUGAACUUCCUAAAUUCUCAGCUCCAAGCUUGCGAGGAAAGUACGUUUUGUAACAUGGAACUUGUGGGAGACACCCUUGAGGGAUUUAGAAGCUUUGUGGUCCAAUUUAUGAUCCUUAUGUCACGGGUAAGAAGAAUGUAAAAGGUGGCCAUGACGCAGUAAUGUUACUGGCACAAUAGAGAAGAGAGGUGUGACGUCACAAAAAUUAAAAUUUGUAAAAAUUAUGGGAUAGGUUGGCAUAUUCAGAAAGAGCGAGAUGAAAAAUGUCCACUCGCUAAAAAUCAACCUGUUAGUGCAAAUUGGUGGGGAGAUAUAAGCAACGUUACGUUCUGAUGACUCCAUACAAAUCCUUGUACAAUUAGCUUGGAUCGUAACGUUAGCGAUCCGGGCCUAUUUAAGAAGGAUUAAUGUGGAGUCAUCAGAACAUACAGUGCUUAUAUCUUUCCACCAAUCUGCGUUAACAGGCUGAUUUUUAGCAAGUGGACAUUUUUCACCUUGUUCUUUCUGGAUAUGCCAACCUAUCCCAUCAUUUCACAAACCUUAAUUUUUGUGACGACAUCACUUCUUUCUUCAUUCCGAGUCGCUAACCACCACCCUUGUAGGUACUGUGUGUAUUCCUGAGGGAAAUACGGACACCCCGUUAAUACGGACACUAGGCUGAUUUAGCAACAGAACGGGAACGUCAUUUGACGACGGGAAAGCGCGCGAAAACGACUAAACUCUAGUUCUGAUGUCCAAUUUGUCGCUCUGCCAUUGGUCAAGCCAGUUGUUUGAUUUACGCGCGCCGUCGUCAACUGACAUUCCCGUUCUGUUGCUAAAUCAGCCUAUUUUCUACUACCCCUUCAGUGUCCGUAUCAAUGGGGUUUGACUGUAAUUGCUGCUUACUUAAUGAUCGAUGAUCUCCGUGAUCAAAAGAAAUAACUCUUCAACUACCGUAGCGUUCGCAUCGAUCGUUGUGAACAUAUAAAGCCGAGCAAACCUCGCAAAUGAAUGUCUCUAUUUCCUUCCCAAUGGUAUUAAUACCCUUCAUAACGUUUGGAGCGGUAAUAUUCGCGUUCCUUAAAGUGACUGCUGUUUUUCAAAGGAUUUUGCUACGCCAUCUCUGAACUGUUGUGAUAGACCUGUCGAAGCCCGUGUUGAACGCGAUGACGAUGGUGCCGAUGAUGACGAACAAGAUACAGCUGUCGUUCAGUUGUCUUUGAGAAGACACUGGGAAACCAGGUAUGAUGUUACGCCAUGUGGUAUCUUGCCACGUUCGGUUUCGUGUUUCACACCUAAAUUUUGAGUUAUGUGCAGUUCGCAAAAUGAUAAGAGUUCAUCAUUUCCACAUUAAAGCUAACGUCCUUUGUAAACCAUGAAGUUUGUGUCUAAGUCAAAUUCAUGGAAAAUAGGUGCACUUUUUGCUAAAAUUUAAACACGUUUAAAGGCAAAUUGAAUUUCUCCUUCUGUUUUUGUAAACUUAAUUCCUUCUUUCUGUGAUUGUCUUUUAUAAGUGUGUUCAUGGAUUUCAUUGUUUUAAUACAGUUCACACCCCUACAUAUUCUUUAAUCAAGAUGGCAUUACCAUGACGUUUGUUGGCUUCCAUAUUGACCGAGAUGGCAAUUUAAUUGAUCCAGACAGCGGCGACCUCAUCCAGCCUAAUUUAAUGUCAAGGCACUUGCGCACUGGUCUGUUUGUCCAAAAGGUUGACAUGGAAACCAAUUACGAAUCUUGGGGAAAGUAAGUAAUAUAUUUCUUCUGUGAUUUAAUUUUGUAGAUCUAGAUUAUUCUACGCUUCCAUUUUGGCGUGGUAUCGUUGCAAGAUGUGAUAAGGUUCAUACGCUGUGUUUUAUUGCACACAGGGGAGACAAAAUCGAGAAGCUUUGUGGAGUGAUGGGUGUUGAAUGGCCCUAUGAUCCGGAUGACGCCUACGAGCUCACCACAGACAACUUUAAGAAAAUUCUGGCCAUCCAUAUGCGUUUUAGGUAGGGUGAAAAGUUUAGAAUUAGAGAUGAUUUUUACCAGUAACUUCACACCAGUGAAACACCAUUUGAAUGUACGAGCACAAAAAUCAUCACUUGCCCCUCACCCCUUCCUCGUUAUUCCUCCGAGGUGGUCAAAUCACCAAAAUGAGAUAGUCUUCCCUACUCACAAACCAUUUGAUCAAAAUUUAAUUUUUCUCCUCCUUCUCUACCACCUGAAUUUUAUUGUCUUCCUUCCUCCUUCAUCACAGACCGUCACAGUGUAAGUGUCGUCCUUACUUUUCCGCUAUCAGUACCACAGUUUAGGUCUCCUCCUUUCUUCUCCACAAUAACCAACGCCAUUUCAUUGUCGCCCUUCCUCGGCCUUUGACAUCCCCACAAUUUUUUUUGUCGUCCAUCCUCUUCGACUAAAACGCCACAAUAUUAUUGUUGUCUUUCCUCGACCACCACAUCGCAACAACUUUAUUGUCGUCAUCAUCCCUUCACCAGUUUUAUAGUCCUUCUUCUUCCUCCACACCAGCGCCACAAUUUUAUCGUCUUCCCUCCUUCUCCUCUAGAGCACCAUAAUUUUUCUGUCAUCCUUCUCCUCCACCACACCACCACAAUUUAAUCGUCCUCCACCACCACCUUCAAACUACCGCCUUUCCACCUCAACCACCCGCAUCACCACCAUCUCAGCUUGUUCAGGAGAGGUGAACAAUAGUUUGUGCCGUUUAGUUAACUUUAAUAGAACCCAGUUAUCUUUGCCUUUAAUAAGAAUAUAAAAAAAAAAUUCGGCGAAAGUUUCAUUUAAGCCAAUCCUAAUUUACUAAAGGAUCUUCCUUAGUAAUGUUUAUCUGUGAUCGUUUUAUGGCCGCCUUAAACCACUGAAUAGGCCCAUAGAAAUUUUGUAGACUUGAAGUAGUGGGUAAGAGUGGGUAGACAAGUGUGUUCCUUCUUACAUAAUCUUCAACUCAUUCUACAGCUAGUAAAAGUGCUUAGUCCUGCUUGGGUGCUGUUGAUGCAGUCUCAAGUUUGGCCAGAGUCUUAGUCUAUUUUGUUUGUUUUUUUUUCUUUUUGCACUGAUUCAAAUGAAGAUGUGGUAUUCCUGUGGUGGUAAUGGGCGAGACGGGCUGUGGGAAAACCUGCCUUAUUCGGUACAUGUGUGGCUUACAGUCAGGACCCGGAGGACCAAAAAACAUGCUGCUUAUGAAGGUAGAUAUCUUUUUACUGUUAUUUAUAUAUGGUUGCGUGUGUGCAUGGGGGAGGGGGGGAGGGGUGGGGUACGGGUCCAGGGAGAUUCCUUAUGUUUUUUUCUUCUUCUUUACUGUUCCUUUUUCGUUUGGCCGGGAACGCAGACGUAUUUUCGGUUGUCGCUUUUGUCCGCCCGAACAGUGACAUCUGCGAGCCUGAGCCGCCAAAGGAUUUCUGUGAUGUAAUACCUUUUGUUUUGUUGAUUACCACUGAGAUAAAAGAAUAGAGUUACAGGUUGAGUGACUCCUGCACGUCCUCGCGCGCUGGCGUGUCUAGGAAUUUGGCGAGAGUUUUAAUACGCUUUGGGCCGUAAAUUUUGUGACCACGACCGAAACGUUCUGAUAUCAACAUUUACGAAUGUGAAUCAGUGAUGCUUUCUUUGUAGAGAAACGUAUCCUAAAGCUAUGGAGAAAAUCUGUCACUUCGGUGCUCAAUAAUCGUUACAAUGAAAAGAAAAAUAAUGUGAUCUCGCGUGCGGACUCGCAUCUAUCUUACCGUUAUAGAAAGUACAAAACAAAACUUCUUUUUUCGUUUGAAACAAAAAAGGAACAAAUGGCGAUUAACAUUGGUACGAGGUAAACGAACGACUUUUCGUCACCAGAAUAUUCCCUUGUGAUGAAAACAACAAGAGCUUAUCAAUCUUGAUUUUCUAAACGCCAGAGGCAAAUAGACGAAAUAUCCCUCUUCUCUUCUUCAAUAUAUUUUAUGGAAUCAUCCUUGUGUUUAUCUCAUCUAUAAACUUUCGUUAACGCUCCAUAAUCUUCCGUUGCUGUUACGACUUGAAGGUAUUGCAGACACAUGUGGAUCAACGCGCACCAAUGCGUUUGACAGCUAACCUGUGAGUGACUUUAAUUUCUACGUGACAGAAAAAGUUUGGCGGCUUGGACUCGCAGACGUUACGUUUUCGGUGUAGAGAAGCAACAACCAGAAAAACCUCAACGUUCCCACGCUUUUUUCGACUUUUUUUUUUACUAAAGUGAGGGAAUUGUUUGACCCAACUCAAUAAAACUCACCGAGCUGAUCAACGUGGCUCGUACGAUAAUGGACUACUUGAAAGAUGGAUACGAACAAAAAUUGCACGUGAAAAUAUUUCUCUGAUUGGCCGAAAAUAUUUCUCUGAUUACUGAAAAAUCUCUGAUCAAUAUGCUAUUCUCUUUUAUUUAAGAACGUAAGACCGUAGUUCUGAAAGCCAAAUGCGAAAUAGACCCGAUUCGUAAACAAACAGGGCUUGUUUCUAUUUCGGCUUUUUCCUAACUUACUUCGUCCAGAAAUUCCGCCACUUCUUGAUUAGUUGUUAGACAGGAUUAGUAAGGAACAUAUAAAAUAUACAACUGACGCCUUUUUAUUGUUCCUUUCCGUUGUGAUGUUCAGUAUCUUGUUCUUGGCAUUUUAGGAAUUAAAAAGAUUAGUGAACAGUCAGCAAUUCUAGUUGAAUUAUGUGUUGACAGGUUCAUGGAGGUACAUCCUACAAAGAUAUUGAGAAGAAAGUAGAACAGGCUGAGGCUAUGGCCAGAGUGAACGAAGGCCUUAACAUGGAUACAGUGCUGUUCUUUGAUGAAGCCAACACAACAGAUGCUCUAGGGAUGAUCAAAGAGGUCAUGGUGGAUCGCAGAAUCAAUGGCAGAAAAAUCGGAGUUGGGCUCAAAAGAUUGCAGUUCAUUGCAGCAUGUAAUCCUUACAGAAAGUAAGUGUACAACUCCUUAGCUAUUCGAUCCUCUUACUUUUAGUAAAUAUACUAUUAAUAACCAAAGGUUACGGAGUGCGGGCGACAACGAUCGAAGGUCAAAGCGUUUUUGCUCUAUCGCUGUGCUUUGGGUAAGUUUCACUUGACAGAUAUUCAAAACAGGCGUGUUAGAAGUGAUAGAAGCUCCAAACGCGCGUGAUCAAAUUAUGUUCUCUGCAUUCUAUUCAGUCUUAGUAGAAGUCCAAAUAAAUGCUGACUACAUACGUGCGACGCAUGCGUAAUACCAACCUGGAGAUUAGGAUUGCUGGCUCCUCUUGUCGCCCGCAACAAAUUAAUCCAUCUGUUUUUUAUCAUGUAGACAUACAGAUGAAAUGAUCCAUAAACUAGAAUCAGCUGGCUUGGGUUACCAUGUUGCAACUCAAGAAACACAAGAUCGGCUUGGUAAGACAUAA